AUGAGAGCAGACUCAGAGGAAGAUGAGAGAACAGAGGAAGCCAUGAGAGCAGACUCAGAGGAAGAUGAGAGAACAGAGGAAGCCAUAAGAGCAGACUCAGAGGAAGAUGAGAGAACAGAGGAAGCCAUAAGAGCAGACUCAGAGGAAGAUGAGAGAACAGAGGAAGCCAUAAGAGCAGACUCAGAGGAAGAUGAGAGAACAGAGGAAGCCAUAAGAGCAGACUCAGAGGAAGAUGAGAGAACAGAGGAAGCCAUGAGAGCAGACUCAGAGGAAGAUGAGAGAACAGAGGAAGCCAUGAGAGCAGACUCAGAGGAAGAGGAAGAAGAGACUGUUGUGUCAAAUGAUCCUGGUCAGGAUUCAGCCGCCAGAGGAAAAGAAAACGGUUUCACGAUGAGACAGAGGUAG